GACACCUAUAAGGUGUUGAGAGCUUGCACGAUUUAUAAUUCUAAUGAGGAGCUUUAUGUUGAGCUUUAUGUUGAGUUGUUGUCGUCCCCGACGCUUUUCGGUGAAAUUCUCUCGUUCGAUUUUGCUGAGGAGAGGUUUUGCCCUGAUCUAAUCCCCAAGCCCAAGAGCGAUAAGUUCCCCAAUGCCACUGUAUCCAACGGCACUGCUUAUCUCGUUGAGUAUGAUUCGUCGCUUGCUGCUGUUUUUUUCGAGUAUGGUUUUGGAAAUAUGGUCGAAGCUGAGGCAAAGGGUAGACUACAUGGACGGAAGAGAAGGCUUAUGGAGAAAAAAGAAAUGGGAGGAGUUUUUGGGGUGCUCCAUUGGAAACGACACGGACACUUUAUGAUGGACAGUUUAUUUUCAAGAUUUGGUUAUGGAAAAUCGGCAUUUGGUCCCACAUAUCCACUUACACAAAGUCCCUCUUACUCUUACUCUUACUCUUACCUAUGGCUUUACGAUGUUGAGACGCGCGAGCUGGAGAACCUCGGCAUCCGUGACGAUUGUUCGUCUCUGACGGUCUUCCCUUAUGUUUGA